AGUGGAGAUAAAAGCUACAUUUCUGUGCAGAGGACCUCACGUCGCUCAUACGUUAACCACUUGUUUCGAUAGACUCACUGUUUAUUAGAUUUUUUCGUAGAUUUCGUUCAAAUAAAUUAGGAAAUCAGUAAAUAAAUGUAACGGUGUAAAGCUGGUACUCAAAAUGUGGUCAUUUAAAGUUCUCCGUAGUCAAGUGUGUUCGGUAGAACGCGUAUUAUUGUUGGAUAAUCGUAGUAUAGCGUCAUCGGUCAAGGGCAUCAACUUCAACUCCAAGCAUCUCAAGAAAGGAGAUCCAGAGCCAGCUUACAAUGGCAUUCUACGGGUUUAUAACAUGCGGUUCUGCCCGUAUGCGCAACGGACCAUGCUUGCAUUGAACGCCAAAGAGAUUGACUAUGAGUUGGUUAACGUAAAUCUUAUUAACAAACCUGAUUGGAUUUUCAAUAAGAGUCCUUUUGGUAAAGUUCCCGUUCUGGAAAUAAAACAGGGCGAAACUAUUUACGAGAGUUUAGCGACUGUGGAAUAUUUAGACGAAGUAUACCCUCAAAGACCUCUAUUACCCAAAGACCCAGUGCAAAGAGCACGGGACAAAAUGGUAGUCGAACUGUCUGGAGCCAUACACACGUUGUUUUUCAAACUUGUUAAAACACCAGAUAAGGUAAAUGAACACAACGUUGCGGCAUACCGAAAAGUCCUGGACGUAAUUCAGGAGGAACUAGUAACGCGUGGGUCGAAUUUUUUGUAUGGAAACGAGCCAGGAUACGUAGACUACAUGAUUUGGCCGUGGUUCGAGAGACUGCAAAUUUUGGCCGAAACCAAUCCUACAGCCAACAUUAAUGCUGAUAAAUAUAAGUUACUGUUGGAGUACAUAGCAAACAUGAGGAUGGAUCCAGUCAUCAGCCAAUACCUAAUUCCUGAUGAUAUUUUAAUAAAAUUCCACAGUGGAUUUCAAUUAUCAAGUGGCCCUAACUAUGACUUACUUCUGAAUAAAGAUUAAAUUAACGAUGUUGUUGUUAAUACUUUAUUACUUAAUUAAUGUCGUCAAUUAACGUGGCUUACAAUACCAAGUGAUUAUUAAUGACUACCUACUUACAUCAGGAUAAUAUAUUUCGUGAAUCAUAAACGUAAAUGGUCUUAAAAUGUUUAAUUAUAGAAAAAAAUACCACUCAGUAAGAAAGAAAGAAAUAUUAUAAAAUCAGCAAGUUUGCAACUAAUUAAAAUGUCAAAAACACUCCAAUUUGUAAGUCACAUACAACUUGAGAAUGAAAACACUUCAUUUUUGAGAAUACAUUAAAAAAAAUGAAGAAUAAGUUGUACAUGAUAACAGAUGAUCAAAAAAUUACAUUAAUAAUUAUUCUAAAAAAAUGCUGAAUCUGAUAUCAUCUUUGAACUUUACAACUUUUAAUACAAAAUGAAAUGUCUUAUACUAUUUUUAAAUUAUGUCAUAAAACUAAA